UCCGAAAUGAUGAACACGUUUACCUGUACUAGCUAACUGUCCAGUCUGUACUUUACAGCUACAAAAACAACUACUUUGCAUUGUGCAAAUUAAACGAUCUGUGCGGUAUGUCCAGUCCUUCGUGUCUCUGACCAAUCAGAUUUGCUCCUGCGCCUUCAGUCUCCAAUCCGGGCUCUCUGCUCGUGGGCGUGUUCGUCUCUUGCGUGAACCAGUGAGAAUCGGUUUCUCCAACCACGUGGCCCUCUGCCGUCGAGCGACCCCGGUGUGUGUAUGUGUGUAUUUGUGUGUGUAUUUGUGUCUGGGCUUCUCGCUUCCUCUCAGCGGCGCUUUAUUGAACUUCAUCCUGAUGGAGGCCGGUGGGUUUUCUCCUCAGCCCUGAGCUCGAGCGCUGCCGACCGCCUUUCUCUCCGCAGCAACUGGGAGUAGAGGAUUUGUCAGUACGACCCAAAAGAAGACCAGAUAACAUCUGUGAGCUCUCACUGAACCCUGAGAGACGGUAGUCUGUUGUUCACUUGAACUCAUUGAGGCACUCAUUGAAGGAGCUACAUUUUCCCAAGACAGGUCAGCUGAUCCAGGAAAAACUCUGGCGCUAACGGCUAGUGGAGACCCAGGCAUAGCUGGGGCGCGGCAGGCUCGGGGGCAGCAGAAGCUCUUCACUAUGGACGUGGAUGAAGAGGAGAACAUGAGUUCCUGCAGCACCGACGUCAAGGAAAACCGCAACCUGGACAACGUCUCCUCCAAGGAGGGGACAGGCAUGCCUGAGCAGCUCCCCAAUGGCGGCGGAGGAGGGGGGCGUAAGCGCCCCCUGGAGGAGGGCAAUAAUGGUCAUGCGCACCCCAAAUUCAGGCCCAAGAAGCGUAAGAAAACCCCAGGGCCCGUUCUUCCCAAGAACGCCCUCAUGCAGCUGAACGAGAUCAAGCCGGGCCUGCAGUACAAGCUGCUGUCCCAGACUGGCCCGGUGCAUGCCCCGGUCUUCGUCAUGACCGUGGAGGUCAAUGGGCAGCUCUUUGAGGGAUCAGGCCCCACCAAGAAGAAAGCCAAGCUUAAUGCAGCUGAGAAGGCUCUGCGCUCCUUCGUCCAGUUCCCCAAUGCCUCCGAGGCCCAUCUGGCCAUGGGCCGCACACUGACCGUCAACACGGACUUCACCUCGGACCAGGCCGACUUCCCUGACAUGCUCUUCAAUGGUUUUGAGACACCUGCCCCACCCGAGGACCCCUUCUACCUGGGCUCCAAUGGCAACGGUUCCUUAAACCCGCUAGGGGAGUACCCGGUGCCCCCAGUGGCUGGCACUAACAGCCUGGCGCAGGCCCCACUGCCCCCUCCCUCCACCUUCAGCUCCUCCUCCAGCGGCAAGAACCCUGUGAUGAUCCUCAACGAGCUGCGUCCAGGCCUCAAGUAUGAGUUUGUGUCUGAGAGUGGCGAGAGCCAUGCCAAGAACUUUGUCAUGUCCGUGACUGUGGACUCACAGACUUUCGAGGGUUCAGGCAGGAACAAGAAGCUGGCCAAGGCACGAGCUGCUCAGGCUGCUUUGUCUGCCCUCUUCAACAUGCAGUUGGACCAAACGCCAUCCCGCCAGCCCAUUCCCAGGGAGGGCCUGCAGCUGCAUCUGCCCCAGGUGCUAGCCGACGCUGUCUCUCGUCUUGUGGUGGACAAGUUCAGCGAGCUCACAGACAACUUCACGUCCCCUCACGCUCGGCGGAAAGUUCUGGCUGGGGUUGUCAUGACAACAGGCACUGAUGUGAAGGAGGCCCAGGUUAUCUGUGUCUCCACGGGAACCAAGUGCAUCAAUGGAGAGUACAUGAGUGAUCGUGGCCUGGCGCUUAAUGACUGCCACGCUGAGAUCAUCGCCCGCCGUUCACUUAUCCGAUACCUGUACAUGCAGCUGGAGUUCUUCUUGAGUAACAACAAAGAGGAACAUCAGAAGUCUAUUUUUACACGGUGUGAGAAACAUGGAUACAGACUGAAAGACAACGUUCAGUUUCACCUGUACAUCAGCACAUCGCCAUGUGGGGACGCUCGCAUAUUCUCCCCCCAUGAGGCAGGCGUUGAGGACCAAGGAGACAGACACCCAAACAGAAAAGCUCGGGGUCAGCUGAGGACUAAGAUCGAGUCUGGAGAAGGAACCAUCCCAGUGCGCUCCAGCAACACCAUUCAGACAUGGGAUGGAGUUCUGCAGGGAGAAAGACUCCUCACCAUGUCCUGCAGUGACAAGAUUGCCAGGUGGAACGUAGUGGGGAUCCAGGGUUCACUGAUGAGUUACUUCACUGAGCCAAUCUACUUCUCCAGCAUCAUACUGGGCAGUCUGUACCACGCUGAUCAUCUCUCUCGGGCCAUGUACCAGCGCAUCGCAGACAUCGAGGACCUGCCCCAGCAGUUCACCCUCAACCGGCCCCUGCUCAGUGGAAUCAGCAAUGCGGAGGCACGGCAACCAGGGAAGGCUCCUAACUUCAGUGUUAACUGGGCUGUGGGAGACCAGAGCCUGGAGGUCAUUAAUGCCACCACAGGCAAAGACGACAUGGGCCGGCCUUCACGUCUCUGCAAGCAUGCCCUCUACAGCCGCUGGGUUCGACUGCACUCGAAGCUGUCACCUACCUUGCGGAUCAAAGUGUCCAAACCCAGCUCGUACCAUGAAGCCAAACAGGCAGCGGUGGAGUACCACACUGCCAAGCAGACGCUCAUCAAGGCCUUCCAGAAAGCAGGCUUGGGUGCCUGGGUGAAAAAGCCUAUAGAACAGGACCAGUUCUCACUCAACUCCUGAAGGGGGCGCAAGAGGGACAGAGUAGAGAUCUGAAAGACAUGACUACAACCAGCCGUUGAUACUUCACUUGAUGUGUGUGUGUGUGUGUGUGUGUGUGUGUGUGCCUGUGGGUGUGUGCGUGCGUGUGUCUGUGUGCGUUUGACUGUGUUUAUUCCCAGCCAAACCACAGCCCUUUAGUCCCACUCUGCUCUCAUCACUUAUGAUUCCUCAAGUGUGUGACGACAUGAAUUUGCCUUUUAAUUUGUAAUGUAUGUAGGACUAGUCUGUCUUUUUAAACAAAUGUUUGUUUUGGAAUUAAUGGCAUUAGCUCACAGUACAUAGUAGAAAAUACUGUCAUUUAUAACUGGAAAACAAAGUCCUUUUGAGGUCUUGUUUUGUGUUGUGUUUGUCAUUUUAUUGCCCUGAAGCUUUAUGUUUUAAGAUGGAACGGAUGUGGAUUAAGAGUACACGCUCAAGGUCAGAGGCCUCAGACUGACCACAUGCCCGUAGGCAACAGUGGAAGGUACUAGGUAGAGCGUCGCUCCUAAUCAGAACACCUGUGCUCAAGAGAAGACCACCAUUUAUAUGAAGCACCACCCUAGAUUUUGUUUUAUUCCAUCCCCUUUAGAUGGUAUAGAGUACAAUACGUUUUUUUAAUUUUUCAAAUGUAGGUAGUUUUCUUAUGUUACCCUCCCCAUGUAUUUUGUCAAGACACUUUUACAGUAGUUUUAGUAAACAGCAUUGUUCUUUAACGUUUCGCGUCGUAUUAAUUUGACCUCAGAUGGAAACGUGCAUUUGGUCCCUUAAAAGCUUGCGGUAUCCUUUUAAAGACGCUUGAAGGAAGCGUUCAAUGAAGCGUUUGUUUCGAAAUAUGAAAUGAUCUUGUUCUUGUUCCUGUGCAUCACUGAUGCAGCCGAAGUGCAUUGUUUUCAUUAAACAAUGUGUCGUGGUGCUUUCAGUUCCAAUAAUGUCUCCAGUGCAUGUUUGUAUUGUGUGCUGUAGUGCACAUCACUCUGAAAAAUUGCCCCUCUUUUUUUACUGGGCAAAAUGUAGAAGACUUAAGAAGCUGCCUUCUUUUGACCAUUUUAGAAGAGUCACCUCUGCAUUUAGGUACUUUUACUAAAUGAUGUAUUGACUUUUUUAAGCUGCAUGGAGAACACGUUCAUGUAGGGAGCUAGGUUUUAUAGCAUCUCCCUUUUAGCUAUUGCAAUGUCUGUUACCCUUAAGUUGACAUUCACAGCCAUAAUCGCAAACCAGAUGAUUCUAGUAUGCUCCUCCCUGAUUGGGAACAACUAUGUUUCUCAGUGGUGCACGUUUCUUGUUUAAAGCCAUCUCUCUGCAUGGAAUGAGUGGAUGGUUUGCAGGGGCCACUUGGAACCCCCUCACCCCCUAUAUCCUCAUGGGUUGCUGAGAUUUCGGUGCCAGUGUUUUUCGGGCACAAACUGCUUCAUAUUGUUGAAUUCUGCUGUAUCCAUGGGAUUGAAGUCUAGAGCUACAUUUUUAAAGACUUUUUUCAGCUCAUUUUAAGCUUGAGCUCUUUUUGAUUGACAGCCUGCAAAAUGCAGCAUGUUUGACUCAUAAGGAUGUUGAAGUUGUAUUAAUUGGGGGCAUGUUUUCUAUAAUGAUCUUUUCUUUCUUUCUUUAGUGGGCACUGAGUAUAUCAGCCCCCCAGAAAAAAACAAAGACUCACUUGUCACAGUGUACGCUGAAUGAGAAGUCCAUCUGAGGCAUAGGCUGCCAUGGAUUUAUAAAGCAGCAGCUUCAAUCGAUGAAAGCAAACAGGAAACAAUAUUGCAACUGUGCAAAAGUGAGAAACCACUCAUCAUUUAUUUCCAGUUGAAACUGCCAUUAAGUGCAAGUUGUUUAUUUUUAGGAGAUAUUUCUGAGAUUAGAUAUAAGACACUCCGCUUGCAUAAAUAGGUGAAAAGUCAAAAGAAAACAGUUAAAAAAAACAGGAGUUUCAAAACUAGAGUUAAAAAAAUUUGACUCCUAACAACCAUGCAAGACCUGGUAGACGAACAAAACUGUCACCAUCAAAUAAACAGCACUUAAAUCUUUCCUCUCUGAAAGAUAGAAGAAUAUAGAGCUCCAGUCUUGCUUCAGAUCUGAAUCUUUCUGUCUGUCAGAGGAAAGGAACUAGACAGAAAUGUGAAAAUUGGCAAAUUAAACAUAGAAGAUACUGGUGUUCUCAGAACAGUGACUAGCCAUCGAGUCCAGAUCUCAACAUCACUGAAUGUGCAACCAACUUCUAAGACUGAACUUUGUAGGUGUGGAAAAACAUUCCUGCAGAUUUCUUUGAAACUGAAAAGCAAGUCUCUCGAAAAAACAGAAGCUGUAAUAAAGUCAAAGAGUGGAAUCACUGAAUACUGAGAGUUUUUAAUAUUGUAUUUUGUUGUUCAGGCUUCUGUGUAAUUUUCAGUUAAAUGUUUUCUGCUUUUUUUUUCUUAUGAUGAAAAAUUAAUAACUUGUAUUUAAUGGCCAUUUUGACUGGAAAUGAAAUAAAAGGUGGUCUCUGUUGUUGCACAGCACUGUACAGUAACUCAAAUUUGGAUCACUUUGCAGUGCUGAUUCUUUCUUGCAGGAUGCAGGUGUGUGUUUGAUGAGUCUGUUGGAUGACUUCUGGAUCAGAUGUUUCAUGCAGCCCCUCUUUGGCCCAUCACUACUGGACUUUUUCAGUUCUCUCACACAGCAGUGUAAAGACGGUGUUUAAUUUAAUUUCGGUGAGCCCAUCCGGGUGAGUCUGUGUAUGCGUGCGUGUGUGUACGAGUGUGUGUGUGUGUGUGAGCGCGUGCACCUGCUGCUGAGCCCAACCGGCACUCUGUCGAGAUGUCAUGGCAACAGGACUUGGAGAUUGCUGUUGAAUCUUCACCAAAGAUGAUGUCAUUUUAUUGGCUAUUUUCUUUCAAGGUGAACAAAAUGGAGACUUUAUUUUUUUUGAAAAAAAAAAAAAGAAAAAAGCAAGUUAUUAGUGCAAAGAUUGUUGGGCAUAAUACAAUUUGUCAUCAUUGUUUUUGUAUAUUCAUUUACUAAUAUAUUUUUAAUUAGUACAAAUGAAUAUGUUUGUGUUUUGCAGUGAGAUCUAAACAGCUCCGUUCUCUGUUUUUCUGUACCUGUUCAUUUACAACUGUAAAUAUUGUGAACCUCUCUGUUGUUGCCAUGGACACCCUGCAUAUAUUACUCGUAUUUUUGAAAAUGUACUUUUCUCAUUACACACAAUUCCACAAUUGCUGGAAAAGAAAAAAACUACAAAAAAAGAAAUACUUGUUCCCAUAACAUAGAUUUCUUUAAUUCAGACAGUUUGUAGUGAAUUUUAGGGUUUUUUUUUCCCGUGUUUGUUUUGUUUUUUGGUCUUGGCCCCAGGCUCUACCCCAUCAGUGUGGUUCUCCUGACCAUAUACGUGGCACAUUGAUCUAGAUAGAGGGAGAAAGAGUCCUUGUCGAGCUUUGACCUCAAUGUAUAUUGUGCUGUUCCAGCCUGUGCUGAUUAAUGAAGGCUGGCUGUGUUAAUGGGACCAGACCAGCACCUUUCUGGUGGCCGUUCACUUGGCUCACCUUUUCUUAAAUGGAAACCAUUCCGUCCUGAACUUGAACACAGUGUAGAAAAAAUAAAGAAAUAAAAAUGCUUACAAAAUACUGUAUUAAAAAUUCUCAGUGUACUUUAUUAGCAAUAUUUCAAAACCCUUUAGUUUGGAUUGGAGCCUGCAGAGAGAGCAGGGUUUAGAGGAUUAGUGGGGUGAUAUGGGGUGAUUUUUUUUAUUUUUGUUUCCUUUUCUUUGAGACACCAGUCAUCUUUUCGCUUCUGUAUGUGUCCGACUGUCAAAGCUGUACUUCUGAUGCCUGCUUCUGCUGUUCUUUACCAACUGCCCAAGAUGUCAAUGAAUGAUGUCAUGAAAACAACUCCCAGUCCCAACCAAGAUGGACCUUUUUAUUUUUUAUUAUUGUUCUGGAACUGGACCAUGUCUCAGUCAAAGUACUCACUUCUGACCUGUGACCUCCUGCUCUGGUCCUGGCCAGCCCUGUUCUGAGCGUGUUGUGAUUCGGUGACUAUACAGUGGGGCACAGUGGCGCUGGAGCCUGGUGCGGUCCGCUCUGCUCCGCCCCACCCUGCCCUCCCUCCUGCGUGUCCUCUGUAAUAUCCAUACACGGGCCACCUGCAUGAGCUCCUCCACUGAAGCUGCACCCAGCAUGAUGACUAUAAACGGACUUGUAUGUAGAAAAAUAAAACAUAGAUCUAUAUAUAAAUGAGCAAAAAAAAAAUAAACAAGAUCUUAGUUUA